AUGAGCAUCUGUGCCAACACGUAUUCUGCUCAACUCCCUCUCAUAACCUUCUCUGCCUUCUCCACUCCCACUCCCUGCUCUGAUCCCAUCUGCCUCUUCUUCAUGCAGCUCUCGUCUGCUGUGGACGCGUCUCACCCUCAUCCCCGGCUACCCCCGCCACCCCGUUCGCUUCCAACCCAUCUGGGGAGGGUCAGUGCUCCUCUCAUAAUGUCUUUCCUCACACCACUCCUGCACGCAUUCUUAACCACAUCUUCCUACACGUACGAAGCACAUUCGUCAUGUUCUGCUUACCACGCUGCCAUGCACAACCACACCCCCCUGCCCACAACGUCCCCCCUUACUGCAUCUUUUCUACAUGCAUGCUGUCACACCCCCCAAUCAACCUUCCCCCGUGCACCCCCCCAAUCAACCUUCCCCCGUGCACCCCCAGCUACCUUCCUGUCGCGCCUGCUGCCGUCGCCUGCAUACCUGCAGCCCAUAGCACGGGACGCCACAGAUGUGUGGGUGUGGCACAUGCACGCCGAGGCCGAGAACACCUUCCAGUACCCCACCAAUGCUUGGACCCUCCCCCAGCCCGACCCUCAGCGCCUGGUUCGGGUGGCGGAGGGCUCUGGGUGGGCGUACAUGGUGGAGGGGCAGCGGUACGGGUUUGAGGAGAAGAAGGAGCCGUGGCCGCGCUUUGGAUAUCGCCCACCUGCUGUUGAAUUCACAGUGGAUGACACUGUAGCGACUGGACAGCGGGUGCUACGGGCCAGGUCCCACAGCUGA